AUGCGGAGGGAGGAAAGGAGAAGUGUGAGCAAGCGGGCCGAGGCCUUGCCCCGUGCUGCGGCUGUGGAGGAAGCCCAGCCCUGCCUACCAGAGGCUUGUGUGUGCGGUGUUGCUGUGGGCUACCCUUUGGACACGGUGAAGGUCAGAAUCCAGACAGAGCCCAAGUACACAGGCAUUUGGCACUGCAUCCGGGACACAUAUCGUCAGGAGCGGGUGUGGGGUUUCUACCGGGGACUCUCGCUACCUGUGUGCACAGUGUCCCUGGUGUCGUCUGUGUCUUUCGGCACCUACCGCCACUGUCUGGCACACAUCUGCCGCUUCCGGUAUGGCAGCGCAGACGCCAAGCCCGCCAAGGUCGACAUCACCCUCUCGGGAUGUGCCUCUGGCCUUGUCCGAGUGUUCCUGACAUCGCCCACUGAGGUGGCCAAGGUCCGUCUGCAGACCCAGUCACAAACUCAGCGGCGAAGGCCCUCGGUCUCAUGGUCCUCCGCUGCUCCCCCUUUGUGUCCUGUGACCCCUGCAUACUCGGCACCUGGGCCCAAGUACCGUGGGCCACUGCACUGCCUGGCCACCGUGGCCCGUGAGGAAGGGCUUCGGGGGCUCUACAAGGGCAGCUCAGCCCUGCUUCUUCGGGAAGGUCACUCCUUUGCCACUUACUUCCUCUCCUACGCCAUCCUCUCUGAAUGGCUCACCCCUGCCGGCCAGAGCCAGCCAGAUGUCUUAGGUGUGCUGGUGGCUGGAGGCUGCGCUGGGGUCCUGGCCUGGGCUGUGGCCACUCCUAUGGAUGUGAUCAAGUCCCGCCUGCAGGCGGACGGGCAGGGUCAGCAGCGCUACCGGGGCCUUCUGCACUGUGUGGUGACCAGUGUGCGGGAGGAGGGCCCAAGGGUGCUCUUCAAGGGGCUGGCACUGAACUGCUGUCGUGCCUUCCCUGUUAACAUGGUGGUCUUCGUGGCCUACGAGGCUGUGUUGAGGCUCACUCGGGGCCUGCUCACGUAGCAGCCAGUGGGCAGGUGCCAGCAAUGUCUAGGUUGUAGCCGUUGGAGGAGGCAAAGGGAAACUUGGGUGGGGUUGGGACCCCACAGGGCCAUCACCAGGACAGCAGGGGCCCAACUUUGGCCUGCUCACUACUGACCACAAGGUUAGGGACGAUCUUUCAUCUGUGUGUGUGUGGGGGGGGGUUACAUGAGUCACAGAGAAGUGGGUGUCUUUGAUGAGGGGAUGGUCACAUGGAGUCAUUUGCUAUUGGCCAAUGGUUCCUUCCUGUCCUGUGGCUUUGUCUAAAUCCAAGACUUCAGAGCACAGCCUGCGUCAGUGCCGCUGGGUACUUGGACACAGUCCAGCCUCUGCCAUUGCUCAUCCUGACCCCUCAGACAAGCUGGGGAUAGGACGGGAGGCAGAAUUGUCUGGCUCUAGCUCAGGCUGGUUUCCCACACCAGGCUGCCCAGGAGGGCAUUGUAAGGGCAGCGUGGCCACCUGGGCUUUGGCUCUGGCAGAGGCCUGGGUCCAUUGUUCUUGCUGGCUGGGGACCUCUGGUAUAGGUGUCAUUACACACCUUCACGCUGUACACACGGUGCCAGU